GCGCGACCACCAGUCAAUCUCUAGACCGCCCCGUGAGGCGAUCGAAACAUUUUACGCUCCGACAAAACCUUUCGUAAAUACGUUUUCGCGCAAUAUUCAACACUCGCAUCGAGGGAACAUUUCAAGACAUAAUCGUGCCUUACCUGUUUCAAAAUGGCUGAUACAGCGCAUACCAAAAUAGAAGGUGAGUGAUUAUAACAUUGUGCAUGGGUCAUUUCUAAAAUUACUAUUUCCGAUCGGCACGAGAAAAUACCAUAGACUGUAUGGCAUUUAUGGCAAUAAUUUAUAUAGUAUUCACUAUUAAAUAUCACAAUUUUUUUGUUGAAAUUUAUUUCAUCUAAUCAGAUACACAUUGUCCUUCUGUCAGUAAAACUAAGACGUAUUUCGAGAAUGGGCGUGGUAGGAACAUUCGAGUAUAUUAUUUAUUCGCAUCACAAAUUAAUAUUGGAUUUCAAGUUGGUUUCAUUAUUUAUUUUACAUAAAAGUUGAAGCGCAACGCGAAUUACGUGAUUACUUUACGAAGAAAAUCUAUCUUUGUAACCAGCAAUUCUGACUAUAACCUGGUAUGUAAUUAUAUCUUAAUACAUUGUAGGUACUAUCCGAAAUAAUAUUAGCGGUGUCGUAACUCCUCUGAAGGCAGAAACAACUUCAAUAAAUUAAAAAGAACAUAAAUAAAAUAUUAUUAGAGCAUAUUCUAACAUAAACACAACAACAACAAUAGAACUUAAUAUAACAAACAUCGGCUCGAUCGUAAGCAAUGUUGAGGUUACACGCUCAAAAUUGACAGCAAAUUGUCAUUGAUCAUUUCAAAACAAAUUAUCGUGGUUACGUGCAUAGAUUGGCUUUAUACAAUAAUGAAAUCUUCUGUUUAUAAUACCCCGAUGACCGCAAUAUGAAUCACUUUUUGUCUUUGUUGAAACAUUGAUUAAACAUGCACGUAAUAAUAUAUCAGUUGAAUUAAAAAUUGUGGGUGUACUAAUCAGUCAGACGCGAGAAGCCGACAACCAAUAACAAUAUAUUUGAUAUGCAAACAACAGAAAUGGUAGACCCAGUUAUCGAUCAUCGACCCUAUAAUCCGAAGAUUCUAUCGGGGCCGGUUUUAACCAACUCCCCGAACGCAGUGCUGUCCAAAACGCUACUGAGUCGAUACAAUGAUCUUCCACUGCCGGCUGACAAGAUUCUCGCCACCUACAUUUGGAUCGACGGCUCUGGCGAACACCUGAGGUGCAAAGAUCGCACCUUGAAUUUCAUACCUAAAGCUCCCAAAGAUCUGCCUAUAUGGAACUUCGAUGGCAGCUCAACCAACCAAGCUGAUGGGCACAAUUCUGAUACCUACCUCGUACCUCGUGCUAUUUACAAGGAUCCAUUCCGUCGAGGAAAUCACAUCCUCGUUAUGUGUGAUACGUAUAAAUACAACAUGGAGCCAACAGAGAGCAACAAUCGCAUCAGUUGUCAAGAAGCUUACGACAAAUGCAAGGAUGAUGAGCCCUGGUUUGGGAUAGAACAGGAAUAUAUUUUACUGGAUUCAGAUCUGCGCCCCUUCGGGUGGCCCCCGGGUGGUUUCCCCCCACCGCAAGGGCCAUACUACUGCGGUGUCGGUGCCAACAAAGUCUUUGCCAGAGACCUUGUCGAAGCCCACUAUCGAUGCUGUCUUUAUGCUGGCGUACCGAUUGCCGGUACAAACGCUGAAGUGAUGCCUUCACAGUGGGAGUUCCAAGUCGGUCCCUCAAUUGGAGUGCAUGCUGGUGAUGACCUUUGGGUCGCUCGUUACAUUUUGCACAGACUAGCUGAAGAAUACGGUGUUAUUGUUACGUUUGAUCCUAAGCCCGUUCAAGAUUGGAAUGGAUCUGGCGCUCACACCAACUUCUCUACAAAGAAGAUGAGAAAUGAUAACGGUAUCAUUGAAAUCGAAAAAGCGAUUGAUAAACUCUCCAAAGUGCAUAUGAAGCACAUUAAGGUUUAUGAUCCUCGCGGUGGAAAAGAUAAUGAGAGAAGGCUGACUGGUCUUCAUGAAACUGCCAGUAUUAAUGACUUCAGUGCAGGCGUGGCUAAUCGUGGUAGCAGUAUCAGAAUACCUCGCUCUGUCGCUGAAGAUAAGAAGGGUUAUUUGGAAGAUCGUCGACCGGCUUCAAACUGUGACCCGUACUCUGUGAUCGAUGCGCUCAUGCGUACUUGUAUUCUUAAUGAAUAACACUGAAUAAAAUGAUGUAUAACUCACUGUUGCGCCACGUGUCACCUAAAAACUGCAACUCACCAUACGCGUAGGGUAAAUUGAUUCCUCUAAAAAGAGGAAUAAAUGGAACGGUACAAAAUGGAAUAUAAUAAACGAAGCCUUCAUAAGCACUGCACAAUAAUAGGUAUUUAGACAGACACGUGAUAUAUAAUGCGCUUAAUAAUGGACCAUUUAAAGAUAUUAAAACUAUAAUCGUAAUAAAUAUUUCUACGAAUAUUAUGUGAUAUUUAAAUUGUUACUUUCAUGUUAAAUAAUUUAAUCGAAUAAGUAAUCACAUAUCAUUAUUUGUAAUAAAUUCAUUUAAUACAAAUAAAAUUAAUACUAUUUACUAUUGUUUACUGGACGAUCGGGACGAUCAGAAAAGGUGACAUUGGAACAACUUACUAAUUCAUUAGUAUUUUAGGACCUAAUAAUAGACUAGUAUAUAAUCUAAACAUUAGAACUAACAAAGAUAGUAUAAACACAUUGUUGAACAUAAUAAUAUGAGAACUAACAUGAUGUUAUUAAAUUAUUUAUAAGAUAUCUGUUUGUGAAAGCAACAGAAAACUCGGAGCCUUUUUGAAACAUGAGCACUUAUGAAUAAAUAUCUAAAUAAUGAAUAAUUACAACUAUUUGAAAUAUAUUAGCGCACAAAGUAUAUUCGCGUAUUUUGGUUAUUUUUUUGGUUAUUUGUAUCUUUAUAUGCUAUAAAGUUGCUAUUAAUAAAACUAUUUAUAUGUUACUAUAUAAAAUAUAAGACGUUAAAAGAAAUAAAGUAUAAUUUUGUUGUACUGUU